AUGGCAGACAAUAUGGGCUCCCCAGCUGGAGGGAUCGCUGACCGCUCGCCUUACUUCUCCCAGCAGGACCUCGACCCCUUGAGCAAGCUACGAUCCGACCCCAGCUCGGCCUACCGCGCAGCUCAGCUGAAGGAUGACCAGGAUGCGACCAAGGAGCGCCGUAUAGCGCAGGCGAUGACGGACCAGGCGUUCACGCCCAUGUCGAUCCACGAGAUCCGCAUCCACGGUGCUUCCAAUACGCGACGAAACUUCCUCGGCCCCCUCAUCGACCCUCUGAUUGCCGGAAAGCCGGAGUCGCCGUCGACUAUUGGCGAGGUCAUGGGCAUGCUGCAGGUGACGAAUGCUAAGCUGAGCGGCCUGCAAUCCUUCCAGCCCAACCCCGAAAUCUUCAUGGUAUCGUCCCAGCAGACGGACCCGUCGACGAGCCCCCACGACGUGGACAUCGACAUUCGCCUGCGCGAGCUGCCGCGCUUCAAGCUCCAGACGGGCACGGACGUCGGCAACGGCGAAGGUUCGGCGUACGGGUCGCUGCUAUGGCGCAACAUCUUUGGCGGAGCGGAGAUGCUUUCGCUCAACGCGCGCACGGGCACCCGCACGCGGUCGUCGUACACGGCCAACCUGAGCGCUCCCGUGCUGAGCGACCCGAACAUGCGCGUGUCGAUCGAGGGCGUCGCGUCUGCGGCGGACAAGCCGUGGGCCUCGCACGAAGAGGCAGUCAAGGGUGCGACGGCGCGGUUCUCGUGGCUGAAUGCCGCGCGCGACAGCCUCUCUGUCGAGUACUCCGGGUCGUGGAGGCAGGUGACGGGUCUCGGGUCGGCGGCGAGCCCCACGGUGCGCGCCGACGCCGGCGACAGCAUCAAGAGCGCCAUCAAGUCCACCUUCUACAGGGACAGGCGCGACAACCCUCAGCUGCCCCAGACGGGAUACAUGGUUCGGUCGAGUCUCGAGGUUGCCGGUCUGGGACCGCUCGGAGGGGACGUCGCCUUCUCCAAGGCCGAGUGCGAGGUCGGCGGGGCCCUGCCCCUGCCGCUCCCCGGCGUGGAGGCCCGCAGCACGGGCAUUUCGGUCGGCGGAGGUCUGCGCAUGGGUCUCCUGUGCCCUCUGCCGCUGGGGUUCUCCUCGGGCACCAACUCUCUCCCCAGCCGCAUCAACGACCGCUUCCAGCUCGGCGGCCCCACGGACGUGCGCGGCUUCCAGCUGUGCGGUCUGGGCCCCCACGACGGGCAGGACUCGGUCGGCGGAGACGCCUUCGCGGCGGGCAGCGUGAACGUCCUGCUCCCGCUCCCUUACCGCGGUCCGGAGUCGGGCCUACGGUUCCAGCUAUUCGCCAACGGUGGACGGCUCGUCGCGCUGCGCAAGCCCGGCGGCGGCGACGGCGGCGGCAAGGCCAUGGACGCGUCUACGGUGGCCAGGGGCGUGGCCGGUGCGGUCGAGAACAUUGCCGGCGGUGGGCUCCCCAGCCUGGCUACGGGUUUCGGACUGGUGUACGCCCAUCCUGUGGCGAGGUUUGAGCUCAACUUCAGUCUGCCGAUGGUGCUGAGGAGGGGCGAGGUCGGCACCAAGGGCCUGCAGUUUGGCGUGGGCAUCAACUUCUUGUAG